AUGCCACCUGAACGCCCCAAUAUACCGGUGAAGCUGUCCCUGCCUUUGCAAUACCAGCAGGACAUCUUCACCGAACUGCGCUCGGAGGAUGAGUUGGUCAUUCUUGCUCGAGGCCUGGGGCUCUUGCGCUUGGUGACAAAUUUACUACAUUUCUACGAUGCUGCAGGGAACAAUUUGGUACUUGUUGUUGGUGCUGACGAUCGGGAAAAUGAAUGGAUCGGAGAAGGUAUGCUGCUGCUCGGACAGGUUAUGAGUCGGGGUCUUAAAGUGAUCAACACUGACAGGGCCACGGUCCCAAUGCGUGAGAAGAUCUACGCAGAAGGCGGUAUACUGAGUGUAACAUCCAGGAUACUAGUAGUAGACUUUCUAUCAAAGCUGCUCGACCCCGAGAAAGUCACCGGAAUGAUCGUGCUCCAUGCUGACAAGAUUACGGCAACGUCUAUUGAAGCCUUCAUUAUCCGCGUGUAUAGAGAACACAACAAGCGUGGAUUUUUAAAGGCAUUUUCCGACUCCCCAGAGCCAUUCACGACAGGAUUUGCUCCCUUGGCUAACUCCAUGCGCAACCUUUUCCUUCGCAAAACCUCUCUCUGGCCGCGCUUCCAUGUCACUGUCGCAGAUGCUCUUGAAGGUCACAGAAAAGCAGAAGUUAUCGAGCUGGAAGUACCGAUGAGUGAUAAGAUGCGCGAAAUACAAAAUGCCGUCCUUGAGUGUGUGGAGAUAUGCAUAGGCGAACUGAAAAAAGCAAAUACUGGACUUGACAUGGCAGACUGGACCUUAGACAGUGCAUUACACCGGUCCUUUGAUGUUGCGAUCAGGCGCCAACUUGACCCCAUAUGGCAUCGUGUCAGCUUCCGGACCAGACAAAUUGUCAGUGAUUUGUCGGAUCUCCGGGCAAUUCUUCAUGCUUUACUGACCUAUGACGCUGUCUCAUUCCUCAAAUUUCUUGACACAAUUGUCACAGCACACACUCCCCCUCCAGGGUCUACAAAGCAUAACUAUUCGCCGUGGCUUUUCCUUGAUGCAGCUGACGUGCUUUUCCAGACUGCGAAGUCAAGAGUAUACCAGGGACGAAUUAGCAACGAGGUAUCCCUCUCAUCAUCGACGUCAUUCCCUACCACGCUUCAACCUAUUCUGGAAGAGCAGCCCAAAUGGGAAGUCAUGGCGGAGAUACUGGAAGAGAUUGAGACAGAUGCAUACCUCAAUCCAGUCAAUGUGGAUGAGUCGAAUAGCACCGUGUUGAUUAUGUGCAGCGACCAACGAACCUGCCGGCAACUCCGAGAGUACCUGGGCACGAUGCAUGCCGAUGUGGGUAGGAAAAAACAGGAAACACUGGAUCCAGGUGAUGCCAUCAGUGAAAAGAAAGGUUCGGCUGGAGUGAUGCUGCGCAGAAGGCUGCGGGAAUAUCUUGAUUGGAAGACUUCUCUGACCAAUGUCAGUAAGAACUUUUCAUCUAAACCACCAGAUGAGGGGUUACAAGCACCGGCGGAAAAGAGCACGCCUGGGUCUUUGAAUCAAGGAAGAGCCCCGUUGAACAAGCGGCGCCGAGUCCGCGGAGGAGGCACAUCGGCCGUUCCAGUACGCGUGCCAAACAGCAGUGUACAGGUAGACAUCGAACCGCCGGCCCAAGUGUCGGCACUUCUGGACGAGAUUCAGCCAACAGAGGUCGAAGAGACCCAAAAGGAGGAAAUACUUAUCGAUGAUUUGGAGGAUACGGAUGACUACUACGAACUAUGCGAUAUGGAUGACUUGGUCAUGAUACACCCAUACGACGGGGAUAUGGAUGAGCAUAUUCUCGAGGAAGUUCGGCCACGGUACAUCAUCAUGUACGAACCAGACCCUGCGUUCAUCCGUCGAGUAGAGGUUUACCGCAGCUCUCACGUUGGAAGGGACGUACGGGUCUAUUUCGUCUACUAUGGAGGAUCAGUCGAAGAGCAGCGCUACCUGAGUGCUGUACGACGUGAGAAAGACUCGUUCACGAAACUCAUCAAAGAAAAAGGCAGCAUGGCUGUCACUAUCACACAUGACAAGAGCCUUGAAGACCCUCAGGAACAGUUUCUUCGAACAGUAAACACCCGUAUCGCUGGAGGAGGCCGACUGGUCGCAACAGCAUCACCCCCUCGAGUAGUGGUAGAUGUUCGGGAGUUCAGAAGUGCUCUCCCAUCCCUACUACAUGGAAACAACAUGAUUGUGGUCCCAUGCCAACUCACAGUCGGUGAUUACAUUCUCACCCCUGAUAUCUGCGUGGAGCGCAAAUCAGUCCGUGACCUGAUCGCUUCAUUACGGAACGGCCGCCUCUACAACCAAGCAGAGACCAUGCUCCAACACUACAAGAACCCCCUCCUCCUCAUUGAAUUCGACCAAAACAAAUCCUUCACCUUCGAUGCAUUUGCAUCCGCAACUACACCGGGCACUACAUUCCUCACCGACUUCGGAUUCUCAACCUCCGGAACAAGCACCCUAUCCUCGAAUAGCUCCCUCGUUAACCCAUCUAGCCCUAAAUCCGCCCAACACCUUCUUGUCCUCCUUACCCUCACCUUUCCCCGGUUAAAAAUCAUCUGGUCCUCGUCCCCCUACCAGACGGCAGAGAUCUUCGCCGAGCUCAAGAAGAAUAAUCCGGAACCGGAUCCCAUCCGGGCCGUCCAGAUGGGGCUGGACAUAGACGUUGCGGCGUCGUCCCACUCUGGUGACAUUAUGGCGGCGGCCGGAAUAGAGCACCGGGUCUUCAAUCUCCUGCCGCAGGACAUGCUCCGGGCUGUUCCAGGCGUGAACCCCAAUGUCCUCGAGCAGCUGAUUGUGGAGACGGGAAGCAUUCACGAGAUUGCGAACAUGAAUGUUGAGCAGUUGGAUCCUUUGGUAGGAAUCGAGGCGGCACGGAAGAUAGUUGGCUUCUUCCGCAAAAGUGUGUUUGAGGAAAGCUAGUUGUUGUAUAUACGCUCCGUGUCACCU